GUGGCGCCGCCCGCCUUUUCCACCCCGGUCCCUCCUCUCUCCUACCUCCGGAUCCGCCGCCUCCACCAUCUUUUCCCUCCGGAACCGCCUCGUAGCUAGAGCUUACCCCAGUCGACGUCACCACCGGCCGGAACGGAAGGACCUCGCCGGUGUCUUCGCCGCAGAGCAAGCCGAUCCGAUCCACGCCAAGUCGCUGUCUUUGCCCACUUGGUGACAGAGAAUUUUCCGCCGCACGCAGCCUGAUUCAUGUGAACAAAGAGCUGCACCGAAUCGAAUCCAAUCCGGUUGAAGACUUUCUCGCCGGCCGACCGACGGACGGGCAUGGAGAUGGAGGGGGGCUCGCAGGGCGCCUCGCCGGCGCCGUUCCUGAUCAAGACCUACGAGAUGGUGGAGGACCCGGCGACCAGCCGCGUGGUGUCGUGGGGCCCCGGCGGCGCCAGCUUCGUGGUGUGGAACCCGCCCGACUUCUCCCGGGACCUGCUGCCCAAGUACUUCAAGCACAACAACUUCUCCAGCUUCAUCAGGCAGCUCAACACCUACGGUUUUCGGAAGAUCGACCCAGAGCGAUGGGAGUUCGCCAACGACGACUUCAUCAGGGGACACAUGCACCUCCUGAAGAACAUCCACCGGCGCAAGCCGGUGCACAGCCACUCGCUGCAGAACCAGGUGAACGGGCCGCUGGCGGAGUCCGAAAGGCGCGAGUAUGAAGACGAGAUCAGCCGGCUCAAGCACGAGAACAGCCUGCUCGUGGCAGAGCUCCAGAAGCAGGCUCACCAGCAGUGCGGGAUUGGCUGGCUAAUGCAGUCCCUGGAGGACAGGCUGAUGGUGAUGGAGCAGCGGCAGACAGACGUCGUGUCCUCUGUGCGUGACAUCCUGCAGAGGAGACGGGGUGCUCAUCAUCCAGGGCAACAAACCAUGCUGGAACUGGAGCCAACUGACCGUUUCAGCAAGAAGAGGAGGGUCCCCAAGAUCGACCUCUUCGUCGAGGAGCAACGGGUGCCGUAUCCGCGGGCGAUUGGCGACGAAACACCGGGCAUGAUCCAGGUGAACGCCGAGCCCUUUGAGAAGAUGGAGAUGGCCCUGGUUUCCUUGGAGAAGCUCGUCCAGAGGGCUGCUGCCGCUACACCUACACCCAGCACUGAUGAUCCAGCUCUUGGAGAUCUGCAGGCAGCACCAAUGGAGGCUGGGGUAAACCUUGAGCUCUCUCCGCCCAACAUUAGGCAUGUCCAUUCACCUCCAGAGCUAGCAGUAGCAGAGUCUCCAGGCUAUGCUGUGCAGAGUCCAAUGCUACUAUUCCCAGAUAUUCAACAAGACAAGCACAAGACCAUGUCCGAAGCCGAUCUGAGCUCUGAGGCCAGCACCACAGACACUUCACAGGACGAGACGACCGCCGAGACCGGAGUUCCCCGUGAACCGGCCGUGGCGGCGAACGAUCUCUUCUGGGAGCGGUUCCUCGUGGACACGCCCAAGCCGCAGUGCGGCUAUGCCUUCCAGGAAAGCCAUGAAUCAAAGGACGAUGUAAAGAUCGGCAUAGACUGCAACUGGUAUGGUCACCGGGACAAUGUUGAUCAGAUCACUCAGCAAAUGGGACACCUCGCUUCUGCUCAGAAGACCUGAUGGCUGGCCUACCAUUUCCACUGAUGUAUGGUCCGUCUGUAAAUUAUAGUUUAGCAUGUAUUACAUGUCCACAUACUCUAUAGGAAUUUUCGUUCUAGAUGCAUUUGUAUAUAUAGUUCUUCGUCACUGUACAGCUAGUCGCGAUGAUAUAAUUCUGUUGCCCAGAUU